CAUGGGCCAGAUGCCAUGAUCCUGGUGGAUGGACAACCUCUACAGACAAACGGAGAGCUGGGUCUGUCACAAAUGCUUCACAUAGCGAGUCAGAUUGCAGCUGGAAUUAUCUACUUGGCGUCUCAACACUUUGUGCACCGUGAUCUGGCAACCAGGAACUGCCUGGUUGGGAAUGGCCUGCUGGUGAAGAUUGGAGAUUUUGGCAUGUCCAGAGACAUUUACAGCACAGAUUAUUACAGGGUGGGAGGUCACACCAUGCUGCCUAUCCGCUGGAUGCCCCCCGAGAGCAUCAUGUACAGGAAGUUCUCCACAGAGAGUGAUGUGUGGAGCUUUGGAGUCAUUCUGUGGGAGAUCUUCACUUACGGCAAACAGCCUUGGUUCCAGCUCGCCAAUAAUGAAGUGAUAGAGUGUAUUACUCAGGGGAGGGCACUUGAGUGCCCCAGGCUGUGUCCCAAGGAAGUCUACGAUAUUAUGCUGGGCUGCUGGCAGAGGGAGCCACAACAGCGCCUCAACAUUAGGGACAUUCAGAAGAUGCUCAUCUCUUUAAUGAAAGCCACACCAGUCUAUCUGGAUAUACUGGGAUAGGAAUGGAUAAAAGGUGUAUUUCGGGUUGGACUAAAUCAUUAUGUUAACAGAAACUCGUACACUGGAGGUAAAUUGAUUGCUUUGGAGGCACAAUUUGCUAUGGAUUCACAACAUAGUCUCUAAUGGAACCAUGCGAAGUAGAAUUAGACAAUGAACUGUAUCUUGUAUCCAAUUACCUGACCUGGAUUGGAAUUACUUAAAGUUGAGUGAUGUGUGUUUAGCUGGGUUGGAAUGAACGGGAUUACACAAAAGGAAAUGAAAAGCAGAUGGCUUUGGCCUGCCUUCCAUGACUGGGUCAGGUCUUGCCCCUUUUCAAAAGAACUCAUGGCUACAAGGUAUUGCCUAUGUAGUACGGAUUGCAUUAAACUGGGAUUAACUGGAUUAACCUGAUUGUUCGGGUCUGGUUUGGUUUUCUUAACCUUAUAAAUUAGGUGUUACAUUUUAUCCAUGAUAUCCUAGCCUAUGCAUUCUCAUUUCACCCUGUCUAGAUCAGUACAGCUUUGUUUCUAUCCUAGUUUUUUCUAUCCCAGCCUGGCCAAGUCUGGUAGAGUCAGUUUAGCUUUUUUUUAAAUAUCCAUCCCUAGAUUAUAUUGAUUUCACUCGAACAUGAUUUAUUUAUGUUCCUUUAAAUCAAUGACAGGAUGAUGGGUCAGUCCUGGCUUAAUUUAAAGUGAAUGCAGUAUUCACAUGACCAUCAGUAAUGUUUUUUACCAUUCCUCCUCACUGUUUUUCAUGAAGACAUUGAGGAAGCAGGUCAACAAGAAAGAGCAAGUGUAGUUAAAUCAGAUAAGUAUUCAUAUAGCAGCCACUGUGUGCUUGUCCAGUGUAAACAUGCUUCAGCAUCUUCAUAUACAACGCCUACAUAAAUACUCCAUCCAGUCUGAAUCUGAUGUUGGCCUACUAAGUUGUUAACUAGUGCAAGAACCUAACCAGACCCUCCAUGACUGAGCCUUGAGACACGGCCUUAGUGAUUGUCUAUUGCCCCAGAGAUGGAUCAAAGUGCCUCCUACUACUUUCUAAACACUGGAAACAAAAGGAAAUAGUCUUAGAAAAAGCACUUUUACUUAGUUUUUUUACUUUUACCUUUGUUUACCUGCUUAAAAUGUACCCUAGCUGUAAACUAUUCUUGUUUUUCUAACGAACAAAAAUGCUCAAAAACAUGAAAAAAACAUUUUGAAUGAUUCAGAAAAAGUAAACUCUCUCUCUCUAUAUAUAUAUAUAUUUACCAAAAAUGCCCCAAACAAAGAUUUUGUACCCAUUACAGCUUGAUAAGAACACCCAACUACCCAAGAUGGAGUAACAUUUUCUGUUCUUUUUUUAAAUACAUAUUUUUUAUUGCUUAUUACCUGUAUAUUUUUUACAUUUAUUUUUUAAUCAAAGAGUGUACCUCUGCCAUGCUCCAAAGCCAUUGGAAUAUUCUGCCAUUGGGUAGCACCAAACUUAUCACCAUUAAGGAUUACAUUUAAAAAAAAGUGUGUUUUACCCAGGAUCCACAUUGGAUCCUACACAAGAGCAACAAGAACUUUAUAACAGAAACUGUUCAUGAAAAACACCAUGUAACUUAAAUAAUGUAUCAAGGCUAUUUGUCUUGAGAUAUGUCAACUGAUUUUGUUUUACUUUACUUAUUUUUAGCCUCUUAAUGUGUUGUCAUUUGGUGAUGUCAAAGCCAGUAGAUAUUUUGAUAAUCUUUCUUUCCUUUGUAAUAUGCUAUUAACAUUUACUUUAUCUUGCCACAGAAAGUCUUUUUAAUAUAAUACGUGUUUUGAAUUUAAAUAUUGUACCUUUAGCUAAUCAUUUGAUCGAACUGUAUGUCAGGACAGUAAAGGAAAGAUUUUAAGUUAACUGGCCGUUGUUUUAGGAUUGACUAUUGUUAGAAACGUUAAUUUUAUUAUUUACUUUUGUUGCCAUAGACCACCCUAGGUCAGAUUGAAAUCUGUUUAAUUUUUGGGUGUCCAGUGUUUUAAUCCUUAUUUUGCAUUAGCACUGUAAGUAGGGGCAAGCCUAGCUUACACAAGAGGAAAAAUAUUCACUUUUACCAAACUGUCUCAUUUAUCAUUUUUUGGUUCCUUUCUUUUCAAUUUUAUCGAACUAUAGAUCGCUCAUGUAAAUCUUUCAUGUAAGCUUUGCCAUUGGAUCUGCAAUUAAUUUUGAUGACCUUGGUGUUCACAGUUUUGUGACACACACAUACGCACAUCACAAUGAUUUGGAUAAUUUAAUUUGGUUAAAUGCUAAAUGCUAAAUGUCACUGUUGCUAUUGUCGAUAUUCACAAAACUCAAAGUCUAACAACAACAGGGUACAGGCAGCGAAUAAAAUAUCCUGACAGCAACUAUCUGAUCGUAGUGUCAACUGCUUAUUUUACACACAGGUUCUUGUGCUAGCUGUUCUCAUAGCACCACUAGCAACUAUUGUAUAAUGUUACAAAGGAAGAAACAAUCAUAACUUCAAAGACAGAUCAUUAUUACCGACAUUAUCUCAAAUCAAGAUAAAUAUUAAAUAAAUACUUUGGAGGGGCUAUUUCAAUGCACACAUAGGGACUUAUUACAAUGUAUUAUGUUACAAAUAACGACAAUCAAAUAGCAGCCCUCCUAUCCAUCAGCCAUGAAACUCACAGUCAGCGGCAAAAUGGACUAGGACAAUGGGGACAAGGUUUAUCAGUUUAUUAAGGUUUAACAGCUGUGUCUGAAAGCUGUGAGAAAACAAUGUGUAAGCCACUGUCAAUCAGUUGAGGUGACUAAUGUUUGAUUGCUGUUAUUUCAGAAGUUUCUUCAAUGUGUCUCUGUGCUAUAACAUUGGACUCCAAACAAUUUACAUGAAAGUUAUAAUGGUUAGAAAAAUAUCAAGAUUAAUAUUUUGCUGUAUGGGCAGAUUGUAUGGAUAAACCUGAUCGCAAAUGUUGUCCCGAAUCUCUUAAUACCUGUGUCUGACAUUGAGUUUUUAGUGAAUUAUAUGUUCAUUUAUUGAUAACAAUCACGAUGUCAAGAUUAAAUAGGACCAACAUUUUACAGCAAAGGUGCUUUCUGUGAAACCUUGUCCAGAGGGCAACCAGUCUGUUUCUCUUUCUUUUCAAAGCCAUUUCAAGACCUACUGAAUGAUACCAUUACUACUGUAAGUAUUAGUGAUUCUGAUUACUGAACUGUAACUGUAACCUCAUUAAAUGGUUAUUUUCUGCUAUGAAAUUUUAGCAGGCACAGGAAACUAACUCGCUGCAGAAGUAGUGCAACAGUUCACUUCAUGUCUUUCACACUACAAUGGAAAUGAAAAACACACAUACAAUAAAAAGAAAACAACAACAGCACACAAAAAAAGAAAAAAAAUAGUACAAACAAACCUGUACACCCACUCCCCACCCAGGUAGCCUAAACAAGUUCUGUAGUACAGUAGUUGUGCUGUGAAGCUACAGUGUGAUAUCAGACAGAGAAGGGACAGGCAGAGGACCAGCUCCAAAGAUUGCUGGAGGGGGGGCAUGGUUGUAGUUUUAUCUCCAGAACUUUAGUUAGAAUGUCAAAAACUUAGCACCAGAAAUGCCCAAGUUUUGGGACAGUCCCAUAAUGUGUAAUAAGCCUGCUUCUGGAUAACCAUAAGUAUUGCAGAUUGGGUCAUGAUCUGGAAAUAAUUUAGCUAAUCUGCUUUUACUGAAAUGCAUCCUAUGGACAACUUUAAACUGAAUUAGACUCAAUCUGGCACAAGAUGUAGAGGUGUUCACCUUGUUCAAUGCACUUACCCACCAAUCCUCUAUUAGAUUCAUCUCCAAUUCUUUCCCAUUUCGCUUAAAUUAAAGAAAUAAUAUCAGUUACAGUCAUAAUCUGAGAGUACAUUUUGAAAUCAGUCCCCUCUGAGUUGGGUUGUUUCUAGAAUGUCUUACAGGGGAGGUUUGGGUAUGGAGGGAACUGUUUCUGUACAAAGUGAUGGAUCUGAAAGUACCUGAAAAGGUAUGAACGUGCCAGAUCAUAUUUCUUACAUAAGGUAUCAAAGCUGGAAAACUGGUCACCAUCAUCAUAUAGGUCUAUGAGGCACUUCAGUCCCUUAUUUCUCCACUGAAAAACAGUUGCAUCCACUAUAGAAGGUGGAAAGAGGUGAUUAUUACUGAUAGGACCCAGAGAAGAGGCUGUAGAAAAUUUUAAGUGAAGGCGAAAACAGACAAUAUUAUGUAGUAAGUUUGAUUUCAUUAACUAGUCGAAACUAGUCAAUAACAAGUUAGCAUCAUUUCCCAGAUCAACUGAGCCUCCUCUCUGAAAUGUGUCUAGGAGAUUAAAGGAGAAAGUCUACUGAAUCUGAGUGUAACUAGCAUAAUGCUGUUUGGUUUAAUCAAGUAUGACUUGUGAGACAAAGUUUCCCCUCAUAUUUUAAAUAUCCUGUUCAUUGAAUUUUAACAUUUUACAGUUUGUAACAGUGUAACACUGCCAUUUGUAAUAAUUGUAGAAUCUACUUGUUGUUAAGUGACCUUG